AAUUUCAAAUCAAAAAAACCAAACUGUUGCAUGAAAACUGGGCAUUUCCAACAACUGCCAGCUUUUGAAAAAUAUUUUGAAAAACAAAAACAACAAAUCUAAUUAACAGAAAAUGUGGGUGUGUGUGUGUGUGUGCUGGGCGAGGGUGCAUGUGUGUGUGUGUGGAAGGAUACCAAGCUUAUUACCCAAACGAGAAGUUGCAUUUACAACACCCCGAACAGAGAACCGAAAUAUCAACCGAAAAAAAAGAUCAUUUUUGUGUGUAUAUAUAUAUAUUUUUAAAAUCUGAUUCGAUCAUGGCACUAUUAAGAGCUGUUGCUGCAUCACAAACACACACACACACUCCCAUUCGCACACCCAAACACACACGCAUUAAUAAUAACUAACAAAAAAAAAAAGGUUAAGGGUUGAGCCUAAGGAUUUUUUAAGGGGUUAUGCGCAGUGUGCAGACCACGCCCACUUUUGGGUGUCGAGCGAACCCGCCGGCGGGUUACAAAAUACGGAAGGCAAAAGAAGAGCUAAAAAAAAAAUAAAAAACUAACUUUAAACUUUAAACUUAAAACUGGAAAGUCGAGCGACAAACCGAAUGCAGAUACAGAUACAGAUACAUAUGCGAUGUGCGAUAUGAGAUAUGAGUUACGAGAUAUGAGAUAUGAGAAAUACAAUUAAUUACAAAAACAUAAUAAUAUUAUCAAUGUAAAAUCGUAUGUAAAGAAUAAACAAACCAACGGCAGAAACUAAAAAAAACUGACAACAGAAACAAAGUAAAAAAAAUAAUGAAACAAAAAAGAGAAAUUAAGAAAUAAAUACAUUUACAUAGAUGUUGCAAAAAUCAAUAGAACCGCGUGAUCAAUGGAUCUAUCGUCUUGCCCCUUUUCCUCGCCUCCGCUUCCGCUUCCGCUGUUGCUACCACCUCCAUUGCCUCUGAUCCUCUAUAGAUUUGUGUAUCUUGUCAGUUAGCUAACAAGCUCGCCUCCCGGAUCAGGUACUGGGUAUGUUGCUGGACGCCAUCUUCUUCCUGCCCACACUGUUCACCUACCUGCUCAUCCUGCUGCUCAUCUGCAUCCUGUGCUUUAUUGUCAUCUAUAUCAGCCACAAGAUCUACAUCUCCAUCUACGACAACCUGCCGCUGCCAGGACACUCCCGCCAGGCGCUCGUCCGUGCCUCGAACCAUGUGAUGACCAUGCGCAGCUUCUUCGAAGGAUCUCGCAUAGCUCGCUCCAAUCAGGGCAGUUUACGCUCUCUCUGGAUACAGAAUCGCUCCCAGAUUCUGGAUACGUCAACUGUGUUAAGGAUUGUUGUAACGCUGGAACCCUGCUAUCUGGUAAGCAUCGAGUUCGACGUGAGUCCCAGCCGCCGGGCAAUGAGCUUCCUGUGCACCUGCGACCGGGAUGAUACCGCUUGCUGCGCUGUGGAGCCCCGGCCCUCGAACUCGGUUCACAUCAUCCGGUAUUUCGAUCACCUCUCCAAGGUGCCGCGCCUGAAAGUCAUGCUUAAGUGCAACCAGAGGCGGACGGAACAGCGCCGCGACAGCCAGGCGAGGAUGACCCUCGACGAGGUUAUCCAGGAGGCCAAGGAAGCUCAGUGCACGGAUCCUGGAGCCGCAUGCCGGCCGCCAAAUGCGCGUCGAUCCAGCCGGGCGACGGCACCGGACUGAGGAGGGGGGAUAGCUUUAUCAGGGAGGACUUUAUUAAAUGUGCCUAUUAACCGGCUGCUGUGAUGUGGUAGAACUCGUUUUAUUGUGUCGUAGCCAAAGUCCAGGUGGGGGCUUCAGGGUUGCCGGGCGGGUCAGUGGGUCGGGCACUGAGAUCACGCCAAGCUAUGAAAAUCGCGUGACAACGAAGGUGAAAGUCAAAUCGGUGGUGGUGAGGUGGACAGGGGCGUAGGUUUUCCCAAAAAAA